UAGCUUUAAAGAAGCUUGCUCUUAUCUAGGUCUUCUUCAAGAUGAUACUGAAUUGGAUGCCUAUAUUUUAUAUCAAGCUCAUGUACAAUUACAAGAUCUUGAAGAUGCAAAUAAUAUUCCUGCUACAAUUGAACAUAAAGCUCUUAUUCAAUUAGAAAAUAUACUUUUACUAAGUAGAAAGUCUUUAAAAAAUUUUCCUGAUAUGCCAAUUCUCUCUAUUACUUCAAAUAUCAGUAAUAAUGAAGAAGAAUUAAAUUAUUUAAUACGUGAAGAGAGAUCUUACAAUAUAACAGACUUAGAAGCUGAAUUACAAUAUAAUAUACCUUUGUUAAAUAAUGAUCAAUAUGCA